GUCAGUUCGCUACUCUCACUUACAGUCACUUUUUUAGUUGUUUUGAGUUGUUCUCUCGCGUACGUGAUAAGCGCCGUUGCUUCGUGGAAAUAACAAUAUUUGUAUUUCGAUGUGAAAUAUAUAGCAAUGUGUAAUGUACUAUCAGUUCAGAAUACAUCACCAUUGAUACGUUCUCUCUGUAACACGAAUAUUAUUCUUGCGAAUCAGUGAUCAGAUGACUUUACCAUAUGUUUCAAAUCAUUCGACAAUCGACAAAUUCUCUUAUAACUCUUCAAUAAACAUUACUAUCACAUUACGCGUCACGUUUUAAAUGAAAGGAAUAAUUGAGCGGCAUCCAUCACAGAUGUAUAAAAAUGUCAACAGAAGGAAGCGGAGAGACUCCCUCGACGGUGCCAUGUUUACCAGGAGCACCCGAACAAACAUAUCUAUUUCCGAAAGUAAAAGGACACUCGAGGUCCAUAAGCCAUGGUGGCACUCCCAUACUAGCCGGGAAUACGACCACGGCCCGGCCGCCCUUAAAAUCUGCACUGAGAGGUCAUCAGCGAGCUUUGUCUCAUGGUCAAAUUGGCGAAGGUCCACGCGCCGGGUCAGGACCCGGUCACAGUCGCACUGGCAGCCGCACAGACUUCAUCUUGCCACCAGGUCAUCGCGAACCAGUACCUGCAAGUGCCCAACCAAGACUGGGAUCUGUACGCGCUCAUCACUCACGACAAGCAUCCCGCUCUGAUUCCAUAUACACAAUAAGAAGAACUUCCGUUGUUGGCCCAUGGCGGCGUGCAGCCUUUUGGUUGUUGAGAAGACAACAGCCUGUUAUUGAUAAUUGUCAUAUGACUGUAGUACCAAACCAUUUAGUGCCAGAUAAAACACCACCAAAAGACCAUCCUAAUGGACAUAGGUGCAACAAUAAAAUUAGGACUACUAAAUACACCUUACUGUCAUUUUUACCAAAAAAUUUAUUUGAACAGUUUCAUAGGAUCGCAAAUGUGUAUUUUAUUUUUAUUGUGUUGUUGAACUGGGUGCCAGCUAUAAGUGCAUUUGGCAAGGAAGUGGCUAUGCUACCUGUGUUGUUUGUGUUAGGUGUGACGGCUAUUAAAGACUUGUUUGAAGAUCGGAGAAGACACAUGUCAGACAAGAGAAUCAACAAUUCAUUUUGCAGAGUAUACAAGAAAUCAGCCGAAAGAUAUGUUAAGGUGAAAUGGAGGGACGUUCGAGUCGGCGACCUCGUUCACUUGUCUAACAACGAAGCGGUGCCAGCUGAUAUGGUGCUGCUGCACUCCUCCAAUCCAAUGGGGAUCUGCUACCUGGACACGUGUAAUCUGGACGGAGAGACAAACUUGAAACAGAGAAUCGUCGCACCGGGCUUCAGAGAAAAGCGACUUGAUUUUAAUCCAAUGAAAUUCAGAAGUUCAAUAGAAGUCGAAAGGCCUUCAACGAAAAUCUACAGGUUUACUGGUACAAUAUCCCAUCCGAACGGCGAAAGGGUGCCACUGAAUUCGGAAAAUUUACUUUUAAGGGAAUGCACGAUCAAGAACACGGAUUACGUCGAGGGUAUCGUUGUGUACGCGGGACACGAGACCAAAGCCAUGCUGAACAACGGGGGACCGCGAUACAAAUGCUCCGGUCUGGAGAAGAAAAUGAACACAGACGUGAUUUGGUGUGUUUUAGUGCUGCUAUUCCUCUGCUGCGUUGGCGCCGCCUGUUACAAAGUCUGGUUGGACCAAUACUUUCCCAAUUUACUAAGAUACACGCUUUUCAUUCCGCAAGCUGACAAACCACCGGCGUACGAAGGCCUACAGAUAUUCUGGACCUACAUUAUAAUAUUACAAGUCAUGAUACCAAUAUCUCUGUACGUGACUAUUGAGAUGACGAAACUAUUGCAAGUCUAUCAUAUACAUCAAGAUAUAGAAAUGUACGAUCCGGAGACGAACAUCAGAACCGAAUGCCGAGCGCUCAACAUAACGGAGGAACUGGGACAGAUAAGUUACUUGUUCAGCGAUAAGACCGGAACGUUGACCGAGAACAAGAUGGUGUUUAGGAGAUGCACCGUUAACGGUGUCGAUUACGAUCACCCGCCUGGACCCCCCGCGGAACCCUCGACCGAACUCCCGCCCAUUGUAACUCCUCUAACCCAAGUAUCGCCAAACCGAAGACUGCUCCAACAUCUAAACGACACAAACGAUGCUCAACACACGCAAAAGGUUCGCGAGUUCCUCUUGAUCUUGGCCGUCUGCAAUACGGUGGUCGUGAGUCAGCCUCACGUGGACACGAUGCAGCUCAGCAUGUCGAAUUCGGGCGAAGAACUGACGAACAACAGGAAACCAUCGAGAUCGAAUGGUACAUUACGAUCAAACGACAAGUACGCUCGAUUAACGGAAUCGCGAUCGACGACGCCCUCGCCACCGCCCUCGACCGUUUCCCCCCUGAAGAUACGUCUGCCUAAACUGACGUUUGGUAGCAGAGACGACAACACCAGUGAACCGAGUACAUCUACUGAACAACAGAUCGCUCGUUUUGAAGCGGAAAGCCCGGACGAGCUAGCACUCGCUGAGGCGGCUCUCGCGUACGGCUACGAGCUGAGAAGCAGGUCGCCUGACGAGGUCGAGGUCGGGAUCAAGGGGGAGGUGAGCCGCCUGAAGGUGCUUCGGGUGCAGCAGUUCGACUCCAACCGGAAAUGCAUGUCCGUCGCGAUGCGGACGCCUACCGGUCAAGUAGUUUUGUACGUAAAAGGCGCUGAUAGCACAGUGCUGGGCGCCUUGGCACCGAUGCGGGCCGGCUCGGCGGAGGCGGCGGCGUGCGAGCGCACCCGCGCCCUCAUCAGCGAAUACUCGCGCGCCGGCCUCCGCACGCUGGUCAUGGCCAAGCGCACCAUGCAGCCCGCGCUGUGGGAGGAGUGGCUCGCCAGCCAUACCAGAGCCUCGGAGAUCGGAGAAGGCCGCGAUAAGAGGAUACGCGACUCGCUGACUCGGCUCGAGAGUGCCCUGACGCUGGUGGGGGCCACGGGGGUCGAGGACCGGCUGCAGGAGGACGUGCCGCGCACCGUCCGGGCGCUGCUCGACGCCGGGAUCAUCGUGUGGGUGCUGACCGGGGACAAGCCGGAGACCGCCAUCAACAUAGCGUACUCCGCCUCUCUGUUCUCACAGAGCGACCGGCUGUUGCACCUCAUGUCCAGGGAUAAGGAGCACGCGGAGUCCACGAUCAAGAGUUACCUGGAGGGGGGUGUGGGGGGUGCGGGGCGCGCGCUGGUGGUGGACGGGCGCACGCUCACGUACAUCCUGGACCGGCGCUCGGGGCUGGUGGCGCCGUUCCUGUGUCUGGCGCGGCGCUGCUCCGCCGUGCUGUGCUGCCGCGCCACGCCGCUGCAGAAGGCCUGCAUCGUCAAGGCGGUGAAGGAAGAGCUCGGCGUGACGACCCUGGCCAUAGGCGACGGCGCCAACGACGUCUCCAUGAUACAAACGGCUGACGUCGGCGUCGGUCUGUCUGGCCAGGAAGGUAUGCAGGCGGUGAUGGCUUCGGACUUCGCGCUGUCGAGGUUCAAGUUCAUAGAGCGGCUGCUGCUCGUACACGGACACUGGUGCUAUGACCGGCUCGCCAGGAUGAUACUGUAUUUCUUCCUCAAAAAUGCCACGUUCGUGUUCAUGGUGUUCUGGUACCAGCUGUACUGCGGCUUCUCAGCUACGGUGAUGAUCGACCAGCUACACCUCAUGGCCUACAACCUCAUGUUCACCGCGCUACCACCCAUCGUCAUCGGUGCGUACGACCGCGUGGCGCCGGCGUCGCUGCUUGGCGAGGUGGCGGGGCUGUACGGCGCGGCGCGGCGCGGUCUCGCCUACCGCCCGCACUCCUACUGGCUGGUGCUCGCCGAGUCGCUCUACAUCAGCCUCGUGGUGUUCUUCAGCGUCGCGACCGCCUACUGGGACUCCGCCGUCGACAUCUGGUCCUUCGGCCUCUGCUGCAUGACCUGCUGUCUCGUCGUCAUGCUGGUCUACGUCGCCAUCGAGACCAGGAGCUGGACAAUAAUUCAAGUGUUCGCCCUGACCGGUUCCUUGAUGUCGUUCUUCUUGUUAACGAUGGUGUACCAGACGGUGUGCAGGCCGUGCCUCGGGAUGCCCUCCACCUAUGGAGUCAUGAUGAACACAGUCAAAGAUCCGACCUACUGGCUGUUGCUCGUAUUGACCACGGUCGCUGCAUUGGCGCCCAGGUUGUCGUACCACGCCAUCCGCAACUCGGUGCGGCCGGGCACGCUGCGGCGCGCGGUGGCGGCGCGGCGCCGGCCCCGCCUGCCCUACGCCGCGCACUACCGCUCCGCGCACGCGCAGGCGCACGUCUACAGGUCGACGGAUGAAGAUGGACUGCAGAAGAGCAGCGCGGACGUGGCGGCGGUCACGUGACGCAGCCAGCGGUGCGGCCUGCUCGCGGCCUGCGGUCUCUGUGUGCUCGCCCUCCCGCGGCGCCCGGCGUCUUGAACCUUACCCACCACGCCUCCACCAGCCGCUAUUUUUGUUAGUCUAAACAUAAUCCCUAAUACUAAACUGGGACAGCCCUAGCGAUUGCCACCGCGGGUUAGUUAAAUGUGGAUAAGGUGUCAUGAUCGGAUCUUGCUUCUCGACGGGUCUGAGGAAGCCUCCAACAAUCCUCCCAAGGGAUGUGUCACAGUACUGGAAGGAUUUUAGGCUUGUCAUUUACGGGUCUCGUUGCCCUCAAACUAUGAAAGGCGGGGGGGUUCGGUCAAUAUUGGACAGUUUCUCAUGUUGCCUGUUCUCUAGUGCUUACGUGAGGAAAAAACUUUGAAUGUUUGUGGAUCAAGUGAAAAAUGUGUGAUGUAGUGCUUUAUGGGACAAAGUGGGACCAAGGCGUCACGUUCAGUUACCAAUUGUUUUGUACAGUAUAAACAUUAUCUUAUUUACGAUUGUUGCAUCGCUUCAAGCGAAAUGUUUAAUUGUUAUAAAGUGAAAAAAUGGUUUUAUCGACUUACGUACCAUACGUUCGUCUUGUUUGGCUUUUGCAAAACGAAAAGUUUCACUGUAAAAGCCAUGAUUAGUUAUGACGUAUACACGUCAAAGAUAUUUAUUUAUGGUAACAAGAAAUGAGAGUUAAUAAAUCGAUAAAUAUUUUUUGUUUUGACGAGUUUUUAUAUAGUUUGAGCCCACGCCGCAUGUUUAAUAGAAUUCCAAUUUGAGUCUGUUCAAUAAGUCAAUAUAAGGUUUUCAUUACACUUUUUAUUUGUACAUUUCAAAAUGAACAGUAUUUCUUUUGAGAUCUGACAUUUUUAAAGUGUUUAUUUGACUCGUUCUUAUCUUUAUACAUUCUAUUGAAUCGCGAUGCCUCCAAUGAACACUACUCUAACUAAAAAAAUUUAAAUUGUCGUUUUUCACACAAAUCGCUACACUAUUUUAAAAGUAUUACAAAUUCAUUAUUGAUGGGGUUCGAAGCAAGAGUAAAUCAGUUAGUUACACAAGAAAAAACCAUAAAUAUAUCUGCAAUAAUAAUCAACUUUUUUCGUUUAAACGCUCCUCCUGUAAACCUACGAAUUUGGAGUUGGAGUAGUGUUCAUUGGAGGCAUCGGUUUGAUCUAGUCUCCGCAGUACAUAGUACUUAAUGAGUUGUGUAACUUAAUUAAAAAGUCAACCGGUCACGUACAAUAGAUACAUUCCUAACAUUAAUAGUUAUUUAUCGAUAAAAUUAACACAAAUUUGUUUGUUUGACGUAGAGAGGAUCGUACAGAGUAAAUAUUGCCAGAACUAAAUUUAACGUUAACAUCGAUACAUGCACUCAAUAAAAUGUGGAUAUGUCCUAUAUAGAAUCGAAAUAAAUAAAUCACUUUAAUUAUUAAACAUAUUAUGUAGAUUAUUUUUCAAAGGCAAAAUGCAGUCUUGGUAUUUUUAAAAAUUCUCAUUUUACUUCGCCAUAAAAAUAUAGCGCCCAUUAUAGCGAUAAGAGUCUUAAUAAAAAUAAAAUAAAAACUAUCUUGCCUUACUUCGUUUUUGUACGUAUUUAGUUUUCGCAAAUGCCCGUUUAUAUACACGAACACAUCAAGGGGUAUUCAUGAUAAAGUUCUGCCAAUUCAUAUUAAUCAUAAUAAUUAAUAAAUUUCCGUACUUAGUAUUAACCGUGUAUAUGAGAUGUACAUACUGUACAUUUAUGUGCCAGGUUUCGUGGAUUUAUAAGUUUUAGUGUCUUCAACGUAUGCUGUUUCACGAAGGCGAAUUUAAAUUAAAGAUUUAAAAAAACAAUUCUGACGGCGUUCCGUAUCAAAAGCAGUCAUAAACACAUCGGACAUACGAAUAAAAAAAAAUCGGUUGCCUGUAAAGUCGGUUUACGGACGAUAGUUGAACGUGACAACGUCAUAAGAAAAUACGCCUCAGAGCGAGGUAACGCCGCAUGAGUCAUGUUUUUUCGUGCGUGCAGCCGGCUCCAUCGAAUAAAAUUAUAAGACGUUGUCACGUCAAAAAAAAUUUCCGAAACAAUGAACAUAAUAAGAUUUUUUUUUAAAAGUUAAGUUUUGCAGCGUGUCUGCCUUUGGAUAGCUGGCUCAUUCAAUCUUUCGCAUUUAUUGUUAGAGUAAAAGAAACACACUAGCGGCGGUUACUGAUCGAACCAUAUUUUUUUUAAGAUUCGUAUUUCAUUUGCGAGGAUAUGUAACUUCUAGAAUUAUAUUUGUACUACAGAUUUUUAAGCAACGUUCGUAAUAUAAAGUUUAAGCAAUAUUAUAAUGUGCUCUGCGCAAUGUAAUGAACACUUAAAUUUAACAGAUAUACGAGGUCAAUGAUCUCUGCAAUUGAAUGUUUUUUUUUUUGUUUAAAUUGAUUGAGCUUAGCUUAACGAUUACCUCACACCCUUGUUAAACUGAUAUAUGUUUUUCCUAUUUAAAUGUUCAUUUUUGUGUUUAAUAAUCGUGUGAAACGUGUUUCGAUUUGUCAAUAUCCGUAUUUAUCAAUGCGACCGUUAAGUCAUAUUUGAUUCAAAUUUCAAAUUUGUAAAAAAUUGUUUCCACUCCCUGGAUGGGACGUUUAGAAAUGUUUCAGUGACUAUUCCUAUACAUUAUAAAAUUGCUUUUAACAAAAAUAAUCUAUCACCUCUCCUAAUUGUAGUUAGUCAUCUCGAUAUAAAUACAUAUUUUUAUGCAUCAAAACCCCAUAAACCAACGAUAGUUUAAACGUGUGAUAGAUGAUACUAAUAUAUUGUAUUUUUGUAGGUGAUUAGUAUGUGAUGUCGUUUGGCUUCCUUCUCUAAUAUAGUUAUUUAAUCGAUAGUUAAACUGUUGCCUUGCCCGAGACUGCACCCGAUGUUGGGGCAAAACUUACAAACAACGAGAGGUACAUUCGUGAACUAAAAGUAGCAUGUAAGAUGUUUCAAUAUGGCACGCUUCAUAAAAUAAACCGAUGGAGAUUAUCACCACCGCGCAUAUUGCAAUAACCUAUUUUAUUUAUUUAUUUAAAGAACUAUUAUUAAAAUCUCUUGAUCAACAAAUACUUUUAAAAAAGAUAUAUAAACAUUUAUGUAUACCUAAUGUCAAAUAUUACAAAAUAAAACACACGAGUAGGUAUAAUCUGUGACAUGAUGUGAUUAAUUUAUUUGCAUUGGCUUAAAGGACUUUGUUGCCAAAGCCAGUAAAAUUUAUAAAAAAAAAUAUUUGCAUUUAACAAGUCUUUAUGCCUUUCCAGUUGGAAAAAUAAAACUACUAUCUACUACUACUUAAGUUCCUAUACUUGCUUGAGAGAUCACCUUUGGAAUACUUUAAUUAAUAAAUAAUUGAAAAAUACAUAUAAUUAUGUGUGUGUGUGUACUCGUAUAAGAGUAAUAUUUACCGAGCUUGAAUAAUAAAACACAUCACCCUGAUUUGGAACAUCGCUUUUGAUAUAAUUUUUUUAACUUUAAUUUCCACACAUUUUCCUAGUGUUCUCUGAAGUGCCUUGAAUAAUUUUUUCGGAUAGUUUACGCGUACCUCUCGACAAACUUUCUACGUGAGUAUUAUGAUUCCUAAAAGAUUUGACUAUUUUGUACUAUCGUUCUAGUUAUGUAAAUAGAGACAAAUAUAUUUCUAUAUGAAAAAUAUUAUAACGUGUACACUAGAAUAUUUUUUAUAUUAAAAUAAUAACGAAAAAAAAAACGUGUAAAUAACUUUUAUUCUAAGACUGUUGUUUAUUUAAAAUCUUUAAUUUGUUCAGUUGAAACUAUUAAAUAGGAUAUUAUGAUGAAUGUUUGUAUUUUCCAGUCAUUCUUUGAUAGCUGAGGUACCUUGGUAUUUCUUGCCAUAUUAAAAAAAAACCUUGAUACGGUGUGAAUGCUUUGAAUUUUUUUUUCUAUUUUAGUAAAAAUGUUUUAAUAUGAUUAUUCUAAUUAUUUAACUAGUCUACCAACGAAAAAUGAGUGGUAAAUUAAGUUUUUUUUUUAAUUAAUAUGAUAAUUCCUUAUGUUUUAUGCGUUUAAUUUUCUCAUCAGUAUUUUAAUCUCUUUUCAUUUGUUUCAAAAUAUGCAUUUAUUUUUUUGUGAUACGUUCUCUAAUUUACUUUGUCUCAACAGACAAUCAUCUAAUAAUGACUUGAAAAUACAUAAAAAACAUAUUGAAUGUGUUGUUUUUAUAAUAACAAAAUAUUUAAUUUUAUUA